AUGCCGCCAAGAGAACAAUUACCUACAAAAGUUUUGGAUGGUGCUCCAAGUAAUGAUAUUGGAUGGUAUUUUGGAACGCCAGAACCCGGAAGUCGCAACAAUGUCCGUUGCAAACUUUAUAAUGUGGCAGUAAAAGGUGGCAUUACAAGAUUGAAAAAAGCCAAAUGCCCAACUCCUUAUGAAAUCUCAAAUGUUUACUUAGAAGUUGAAUAUAAAGAAAUGUUGGAGUGGAUAAAUGGUACUGUGUUUUGGAAGUCCGUUGAUGCUUCUGAUGUUGAUAGUAGAAACACUGACUACUAUUUUCAAUUUUUGGAUAAAGUUGUGGAAGAAGUGGGUGAAGAGUAUGUAGUUCAAGUGGUAACAGACAAUGAAGCCGCCUUAAAAGCGACUGGUCAAAAGCUUAUAGAGAAGAGACCCCACUUAUAUUGGUCUUCUUGUGCUGCUCAUUGUUUAGAUCCUUGUUUGGAGGAUAUAGGAAAAAAUAAAAGCAUACAAAACUUAUUAAGUGAAUCAAAAAUGGUGACAACCUUCAUCUAUAACCAUACGUAUAAUGUGAGUCUCAUGAAAAAAUAUACUGGUGGUAGAGAUAUUGUUUGUCUUGGUGUUACCCGUUUUGCAACACAAUUUCUAAUACUUCAAGCAAUUGUUAGACAAAGGGAAUAUCUUGAAAACAUGUUCAAUUCUGAAGAAUUUAGAAAAACAAAACAUGGUAAAGAGAAGAAAGGAUCAGGAUAUGAAGCAAGAAAAAUUGUUAUGAGUAGGGACUUUUGGAGUAAGGCCAAUGACAUAUUGAAAGUAUUUGAGCCUAUUGUAAAAGUUUUGAGACUUGUGGAUGGUGACGAGAAACCAACCAUGGCUUUCAUAUAUGAAGCCACUGAUCGAGCAAAAUAA